AUCGAUAAACAUAAAUUCGUUUCUGUGCGUGUUGCGUGUUUUUUGAUGAGAAAUAAAUCAAAUUUAAUUAAAAUUGUUUUGUUAAAGUAUCUUUAAGAACCUACCAUCGUCGUUAAACAGUGAUUCCGUUCAUUUAAAUUAAGUUCUUUCCGUAAUUUGCAAAAAUCCAUAUCAAUUUCGAACGUCCAAUUUAAUUUAGCAUUAGCAGCACACAACAACAACAAAAACCCAAAAUACCUGCAAACUCGGAAAAAUACAGUGAAAGAAUAAGAAGAAGCAGCAGCAGAAACAGAAAAGAAACGAAAUCGAAAUGAAAAAACCAGAAGUCACAGUAAAAAGAAGAAUGCCAUAACAAAAGAGAGUACAAACAAUUUCGUGGAAAACUCGAAAAUAAAAUGGACAGAACAGAAGAAAAUCAAACGACGGAACCUUGUUAAUUACCAAUUAAACAAAACUAUUAAAUAGACUGACUGUGUGAAUGAAACUGAUCCGAAAAUCAAAAAAGCAAAGUGUUAACCAAACCGAAAUAACGCCCUCCCUCCGACUAAUGGUGCUAUGCUACAACGGCAACAACACAACCAAACCUAGACCGACCUGCUGAAGAAGACAAGACUACCUACCUGUCCGACUCCUACCCCCCUUCUCUGCGCCGAAUGACGUUGCAUUAGGUUUGGCUCAACAAUUCGUGACCAAGGGAAGCAAUAACUUAAUUCAGCGCCAGUCGUGGGUGUCUUUUGGCAAUUGUCAGGAAAAUAACCAUAUUCGUUUGUGGUCACCUCCAAGGCUGAAGGAUUGGGACGAGAUCAAUUGCCACAAACAGUUGCAAAAGGAGCCAGACGGACGUACGACGACACACAACCAUCUUCACCAUUGUCAUCAUUGUCCUUUUCCCCACAAAUCCCCCACACUUGCUAGAGCAACACACUGCCCACUCUUCUUGGCUCCUUCUUGCCCUGCACCGCACACAUUUGUACGACUGAUAUGAUAUUUGAUGUGCGUGUGUGUAAGUGAAAGAAUCCCAAAAUUGUCAUUUAUUUUGGAUGUGUUUCCUUUUGCCGUUUGUCACCAGUUAUUUUAUUGUUGUCUUUUUAAUUUGUUGAAAAAUCUAUAAAGGAGAGCAGGCAGCAGCAGUACUUAUUGUUGGCAGUGUAGGUGGCGUGGUAUUCUUUCUAUCUGCUACUGCUGCCACUUUAUGACAGAGCCGAGCUGGUGCCUGCCUGUCCCACUGCACACUCAUUGUGAUGAAAAUCUGAUGAGCAUCGAAUCAAAAUGAGAAACAAAUUUCCUUGUGUUCCAUCGGUGGUAUCGUUACAGCAAUUAUCCGUUUCCUCUCUAGUAACAACAAAUGAAAAGUUGUUUAACUGUAUCAGAGCAUUAAAAGCAAUUUUCAACCCGUCCACACCCACUCAAAGUCAACAACAACAACAGCAGCAACAAGGAAAACGUCAACAUCAUCAUCGUCAACAACUACAACAAUCCUCUUAUUGUUAUUACUCCUGUAUCCUAGCAAGCAUUGUGAAAACAAUUGUGUAUUUACUUGGUUUUCCUGAUUUAUGUUGCCAUCAUCAUUAUCAUCAUCGCCAACAACAGCAGCAGCAGCAGAAUCAGCACACCUACAUUUAAUUGUCCCCAUCGCAGUGAUUUUAAAGCUUUUUACGUAUGGCUAUGUAAUCGAACCCGUAACCAGUGACUGAAAAUUUAGCAAACGUUGGGUUUACAUAUAAAUGCGGCGGUGUGCAAUAUUGAAGAAUUUAUGAAAAAUACCACGACUCACACUGCUAAUCUUGAACGAACAUCGUGAUAGAUAGACAACAGAAGAAAUUGAAUUAUUAACACCUCAAGAAUUUUACAGAGAUUUGUUUCUAAAUUGUGUUUUCGGCAUUUCCCCGUUUACUUUUUUAUGGCCUUGAAUUAUUGCCUUCCAUUGCGAAAAUCUUCCAUGUUCCCCCGAUAUUUUUGGAAAAUAAAAGGGCAAUAGUGAAUUGUAUUUGUAUCUGUUAUAUGUCAUUUAUGUUUUUCGAUCAUUUUUGCAACGGCAAACACAGACAAACCGUAAAGAACACGGAACUAAUCUAACGUAUUGACGACAUCACAACAACUAUUCAGACAAACAGAUCGAAUUGGAAUUGGGAUAUCCUCCUGAUACUGAUGCACUCUCACUUACCUGUAAAUAAUAAAUACAUCAUUGCAUACGGAGAACAUACAUAACUACUUGCAUACUAGAAAUUGUAGAAGCACCCGACAGCCGCAGUAGAGGUUAAGUUACUAUAACUAGAAGCAGCACUCCCAUUAACCAAUCCAAUAAUAAUUACUUAGUGUAAGUGUAAACCGACCGGCAAAAACCACUAACGCCAAGUGAAAAUAAAGAAGCAAAAGCAACAACAAAAAUAGAAAAAAUAAACACUCACACAAAAGGACAACGGAAGGCAUACCACAAAUACGGACAUCUUGAGAAGUCUGUACAGAUCGAGAGUGGCAUGAGCCAUACAUCGGGUCAUCGGAAAUAUGAUGAUAAUGAGUGUUGUGGGCCAAGACCACCUGUACCCGGAGAAGAAAGUCGCGUUAGAAAGAUGACCGAAGGGGUAGGAGAACAUUUACGUAAUUCACCACCAUCCUAUUUGAAUUGGGCCCGAACACUCAAUCAUCUGCUGGAAGAUCGUGAUGGUGUGGAAUUGUUCAAGAAGUACGUGGAGGAGGAGGCUCCGGCCUACAAUGAUCAUUUGAAUUUCUAUUUUGCCUGUGAGGGGUUAAAACAACAGACGGAUCCUGAAAAGAUAAAACAAAUUAUACAGGCCAUAUACAGAUUCCUACGCAAGAGCCAACUGUCUGUAUCGGAAGACCUGAGACGCAACAUUAAGGCGGGACUUAAAAAUGAAAUACCUCUCAGUCCAAACAUAUUCGAUGGCAUGCAGAAGCAUGUCGAAAACACAAUACGAGAUAAUAUUUAUCCAUCAUUUUUGUGUUCGGAAAUGUACAUACUUUACAUUCAACAAAUGUCUGCUGCGCAUGAACGAUUCAGCAGUAGCGGUGGUCCCACGGGGGCCGGGAGCUGUAGUACCGGUAGCAGCAGUAGUAGUGGUGCUAGUUGUGGCGGCGGUGGAGCCAGUGGUGGUGCCUGUGCGUUGCCACUUGUUGUUGCUUCCACAAGUACUGGGAAAUCGAGCAGUACAUUGGGUCAAAUCAUCAAUUUGCCCGCGAGUACUAGUGCCGGCAUUGGUGCUCCAACUGGUAGUUGCAGUGCUAGUGGCAGCGUAUAUGGCCCCUCGACUUCAGCAAGUUCUAGUGGUUCGGUCAGUGCCACAGAUACCCUACCUCGCAGCUCAACCUUACCCACCCUACAUGAAGAUUCGGAACUGUCACUAAGUGAUGACUUUGAAAAACUACGAGUAGAAGGAGGCCGCGGCUCAGCCGAUAUGCCAAUGCGCUUAACACGGGAUUUAUUGUUAGCAACACAAAAAAGAAGACUGGAAAUACGACCACCUGGUGCUCAUGGUUAUGUUUAUACGGGGAAGACAAAUACCUCCUACGUACCGAAUUCACGGGUAGACUCAGAAAGAGCAAGUGUCAGUUCGGGGGGUAGAACUGAUUCUGAUACCAUGUCUCUUUCAAGCUGUUCGAUGGAUGGACGCCCAUACAUACAACGAAGACAUAGCUCGACAGAAACUAAAGCUAUACGACAGAGUGCCAUGGCCAAUAAAGAAACCAAUACCUUUCAAGUUAUACCACGUACUCAGCGUCUUCACUCAAACGAACAUCGACCAUUGAAAGAAUCCGAAUUGAUAGCGUUACUAAUACCCAAACUAGAAGAAGUCAAACGGAAACAAGACUUAGAAGAUAGAGCCCGACUAGAGCAUUUUCCUGAUGAAUCUAUGCCGACCAAUGAACGACUUGCCAGUGAUCGUGCUUUUGCACAAGCCAUUCGAGAGAAAUUUGCCAUUGACGAGGACAAUGAUCAGGACAUACUCGAUCAGCAUGUUUCGCGUGUCUGGAAAGAUCAAACGCCACACCGCUCACCUGGUACAAUGUCACCCUGCCCACCUUUACCAUCUAGAAGGCGUACAAUAACCCAUGACUCGGGCAUGUUGAGUGAUGGUGCCAUGAGUAUAAGUGGUCAUUCAAUGAAACACUCAAAGUCAAUGCCGGACCAUAGUUCCUCUACAAGGAAGCUAACAAAUAAAUGGCCUUCCAUGAAUACCGACAGCGGCAUAAGUUUAUUCUCAGCUGAUACUCUAAUGAAGUACAAAGAUAACAGUUCACGUUCUGGCACGAGUACAGCCUCUAAAUUGGAAGAGGCCAAAAGAAGACUGGAAGAUGAGACUAGACGGUCUCGUCGCUAUACCCAACAGCAGCAUAUGUUGCCCCCCAUGCAGCAGCAACAAUCAGCCUCAUUUAGUAAUAGCAGCAGUGGCAGUAGUAGUUUACACCAUCAAUCACUCCCGCCUCCAUUACCCGCAAAACCACAAGAGACCACAACAGUUGUGUUUUCAUUUUGUGAUGAAGAAUAUCCUUAUAGAACUAAAAUACCCGGUACACAACCCACACUAAAGCAAUUUAAGGACUACUUACCCAAAAAGGGCAAUUUUAGAUUUUUCUUUAAAACACAUUGUGAAGAUCCUGACAGUCCAGUGAUUCAAGAAGAAAUUGUCAAUGACAACGAUAUCCUUCCCUUAUUUGAGGGCAAAGUGAUGGGUCUGGUAAAACCAUCCGAUUAAUAGUAGUGUAAGUUUUAAUUUUUAUACAUUUAUAUUAUAUAAUGUAAACAGAACGAUUACAAAAACAAUAAUGGAAAAAAUAUGGAAAACCACACAAAAAUAUAUAUAAAAACAAAAAAAAUGUCAAAAAGAGACAAGCUAAAGAAAACUCAAACAAAUUAACAACAAACUAUACAUAUAUCGAAAACAACAAACAUACAAAAACGCUAAAAUAACAAAACAGACAAACAUAAAAGGAUAAA